AUGUCCAAAAGAACAUUGCUGACAUAUUAUUCAAGUUCAAGCAAUGCCAAUACUAGUAAUACUGAUGAGGGCACAACUCAACCAAAGAAGUCUAAAGUGGAGUUUCGUUUCUCGGAUAUAGUAGGUGAUCUAGGGAAUCGCAAACCAAUUGAUCACUAUGCAUUUGAAAUUAGAGAUCAAGUAAAGAGGGCAUAUGCUUUGAGUGGUCCAACUCAACCGGUUAAUCAUACAUUUCCUCGUAGAUGGCAAAGUGGUGAAUGGAGAUCCUUUCAAAAAAUCUGGUUUGAGAAGCAUGAUUGGCUAGAGUAUAGUGUCUCAAAGGAUGCAGCCUUUUGCUUGUAUUGUUAUCUUUUCUUUGAGCCAGGAAAGCCUGAAAAAUUUGGGAGUGAUGUAUUUGCAAAGUCUGGUUAUGUCAAUUGGAAGAAGGCUUUGCAUACUUUUGAGAGACACGGUAAUUGCAAAACUCAUAACAAUGCAAGGCUGAAGUGUGACGACUUUAUGAACCAAAGAACAAGUGUUACUCACAAAUUUAUUAAUACCAGCAAGGAAGAUGAAAUUCGUUACAAGAUUCGCUUGACUUCUUCUUUAGAUGUUGCAAGAUAUCUCAUUGAGCAAGGUGAUGCUUUCCGUGGACAUGAUGAGUCUAAUACUUCUAUCAAUAAGGGUAAAUUUAGAGAGAUGAUUGACUGGUACAAAAACAAGAAGAAGAAGGUUAAGGAUGCAUAUGAGAAAGGUUCUACACGGUGUCAAAUGAUAUCUCAUCAUAUUCAGAAGAACCUUACAAAAGCUUGUGCACGACGAGUCAUGGCAGUGAUUAUGGAUGAGAUUGGAGAUAGGAACUUCUCUGUGCUUAUUGAUGAGUCUCGAGAUGUAUCAAUAAAGGAGCAAAUGGCUGUGAUCUUGAGGUUUGUGAAUGAUCAAGGAAAGGUUAUGGAGAGGUUUCUUGGACUUCAACAUGUCAACAGAUGUAUAGCUGCUGCAUUGAAAGAAACUUUGAUUGCUUCUCAUGAAGAUUAA